AUGGCGAGGAAGAAGAUCAGAGAGUAUGACUCCAAGAGACUUCUCAAGCAACACUUGAAGCGUCUUGCUAAUAUUGACCUGCAGAUUCGCUCUGCUCAGGUGACACAAUCUACGGAUUUCACCGAGUUAACCAACCAGGAGUCAUGGCUAUCUUCCACAAAGCUAGUUGUGAAGCCUGAUAUGCUAUUCGGUAAGCGCGGGAAAAGCGGCUUGGUGGCUCUAAAGCUGGAUCUUGCUGAAGUUGCAGAGUUUGUCAAAGUUCGCCUCGGUACUGAGGUCGAGAUGGGUGGCUGUAAGGCCCCGAUCACUACAUUCAUUGUGGAGCCUUUUGUGCCUCAUGAUCAAGAAUACUACCUUUCUAUAGUAUCUGAUAGGCUUGGUUGCACUAUAAGCUUCUCUGAAUGUGGCGGUAUCGAAAUAGAAGAGAACUGGGACAAAGUGAAGAGUAUAUUUCUUCCCGCGGAGAAGUCAAUGACGCUAGAAGUAUGUGCUCCAUUGAUAGCAACACUUCCUCUUGAGGUUCGAGGUAAAAUCGGUGACUUCAUAAUGGGCGUGUUUGCUGUAUUUCAAGAUUUGGAUUUCAGUUUUUUCGAGAUGAAUCCUUUUACACUGGUUGACGGAGAGCCGUAUCCUUUGGAUAUGAGAGGAGAAUUGGACGAUACUGCUGCCUUCAAGAAUUUUAACAAAUGGGGAGACAUUGAAUUUCCUCUGCCAUUUGGAAGGGUCCGCAGUCCAACGGAAAGCUUCAUCCACGGUUUAGAUGAGAAGACAAGUGCUUCUUUGAAGUUCACUGUUUUGAAUCCUAAAGGCCGCAUUUGGACAAUGGUAGCUGGUGGCGGUGCUAGCGUCAUAUAUGCUGAUACUGUUGGGGAUUUAGGUUAUGCAUCAGAGCUCGGGAACUACGCGGAGUAUAGUGGAGCACCUAAUGAGGAAGAGGUGUUACAAUACGCAAGAGUUGUCAUUGAUUGUGCUACUGCUGAUCCUGAUGGGCGUAAACGAGCUCUUCUAAUUGGAGGAGGCAUUGCCAAUUUCACUGAUGUGGCAGCUACUUUCAACGGUAUCAUUCGAGCUCUAAGAGAAAAGGAAACAAGGUUGAAAGCAUCAAGAAUGCAUAUUUACGUAAGGAGAGGUGGACCAAAUUACCAGACUGGCUUGGCUAGAAUGCGAGCUCUGGGAGAGGAACUCGGUGUUCCUCUAGAGGUAUAUGGACCAGAAGCAACGAUGACUGGAAUAUGCAAACGAGCCAUUGACUGCAUCAUGUUGCCUGAUACGUAA